UGUGAGCACAAAUUGACUUCAGUUCUUCCCAUCAAACUUUUUCUCAGUUUUCCCGUGGGCUACUCUGCAAACACAGAGAGAGAGAGAGAGAGAGGUGCAAAAAGAGAAACAUUCUUGUAUUGUUUACGUUUUCCUAUCUAUAGGAGCAGAGGUGACCUGGUCUCCUUUUUGUGUUCUCAACCCUUGGUCUUUCACCUGCAAGUCCAUCGCUCUCUCUGCUUCUCCCUUAUUCUUCACCACAACACUGCAAAAAAUCUCGUGAACUACGAAAUGUGGAACUCUAAAUCGCAACUUCUCCCUCCUCCGGCAAGAAGCCUCUACCCUCAUCCCUGAAAGCUGGCUCAUCGUCCAAGAAAUCCAAUCCAGAAACCAGAAAGAAGCAAUCUUUGUCAGGCGAAGCACCUAAAAAUCCAGUCUUUCUUGCGACCGGCGAGAAGUCUCCGCCCUCAGCCCUGAAAGCUAGCUCAUCGUCCAAGAAACCCAUUACAGAAACCAGAAAGAAGCAAUCUUUGUCAGGCGAAGCACCUAAAAAUCCAGUUUUUCUUGCGACCGGCACGAAGCCUCGGCCCUCAUCCCUGAAAGCUAGCUCAUCGACCAAGAAAUCCAUUUCAGAAACCAGAAAGAAGCAAUCUUUGUCAGGAUAAGCACCUGAAAAUCCAGUUUUUCUUGCGAAAGCGCAAGAUCGCAUAUUUCGUUCACUAUCCAUGGAUCAAUCCUCAUCCCUCCCUCCCCACCACUCCUCGAAGCCCUCCUCGGUCCUCCCUUACAAGACGCCCAAUGUUCGCGACCAUUACCGUGUGGGGAAGAAGCUCGGGCAGGGGCAGUUCGGCACGACGUAUCUCUGCGUCGAUAAGGCCAGUGGCAAGGAGUACGCCUGCAAGUCCAUCCCCAAGCGCAAGCUCCUCUGCCGCGAGGACUACGAGGACGUCUGGCGUGAGAUCCAGAUCAUGCACCAUCUCUCGGAGCACCCCAAUGUCGUCAGGAUAAAGGAUACCUACGAGGACCCUCUGUUCGUGCACCUGGUGAUGGAGCUCUGUGCCGGCGGGGAGCUCUUCGAUAGGAUCAUCCAGAAGGGGCACUACAGCGAAAGGAAGGCGGCGCAGCUGAUCAAGACUAUUGUGGGAGUGGUGGAGGGGUGCCACUCGCUAGGGGUGAUGCAUCGAGAUCUGAAGCCGGAAAAUUUCUUGUUUGCAAGCCAGGAUGAGGAUGCUGCUCUCAGAGCGACGGAUUUCGGGCUGUCCGUGUUCUACAAACCAGGUGACACAUUUUCUGAUGUUGUCGGGAGCCCAUAUUAUGUUGCACCUGAGGUAUUGCGGAAAUACUAUGGUCCAGAAGCAGACGUGUGGAGCGCAGGUGUCAUUUUAUAUAUUUUGUUGAGUGGGGUGCCACCUUUUUGGGCAGAGACUGAAGCAGGGAUCUUCAGAGAGAUUCUACAAGGCCAUUUAGACUUUGAAUCAGAACCAUGGCCUUGCAUUUCUGAUAGUGCUAAAGACUUGAUACGGAAUAUGCUCAACAGGAAUCCAAAGAAAAGAUUUACUGCUCAUCAAGUACUUUGCCACCCAUGGAUUGUUGAUGACAGAGUUGCACCAGAUAAACCACUGGAUUCUGCUGUCUUAUCUCGCCUGAAGCAGUUCUCAGCAAUGAACAAACUCAAGAAGAUGGCCUUGAAGGUCAUUGCUGAAAGCCUAUCGGAAGAAGAGAUUGGUGGCUUGAAGGAACUGUUCAAAAUGAUUGAUACAGACAAUAGUGGGACAAUAACAUUUGACGAACUCAAAGAUGGUAUGAGAAGAGUGGGUUCUGAACUGAUGGAAUCUGAAAUCCAAGCACUUAUGAAUGCGGCAGACAUAGACAACAGUGGCACCAUAGAUUACGGUGAAUUCCUCGCGGCGACAUUGCACAUGAACAAGCUGGAGAGGGAAGAGAACUUAGUGUCGGCAUUCUCUUUUUUCGAUAAAGAUGGAAGUGGCUACAUCACUGUCGAUGAACUCUCACAAGCUUGCAGAGAAUUUGGUCUCGACGAUGUUCAUCUUGAUGAUAUGAUUAAAGAGAUCGAUCAAGACAACGAUGGACAAAUAGAUUACAACGAAUUUGCCGCUAUGAUGAGAAAGGGCAAUGGAGAAAUUGGAAGGAGGACCAUGCGAAACAGUCUGAGAAUCAACCUGGGUGAUGCCCUCAAGAUCACUGAACGCUAGCACGGUGCCUACCGAAAAUGUAAAAGCUGGGAGUUCCAUUUUGGAAGAUGAUUCCAUUAUCACAUGAAUGAUAUUGUUCAUGCAAUCCGGACAUGUUUAAGGUUAUUGUGCCGGUAAUGUCCCGACUUUGAUAAUUAGUUUUGCAGUACUGUUCUCUAUAUGAACCUCUAUAUGCUCUUUGUCUUGCAUAAGAGUUCAUACUUUCAGAAUAAAUUUGCAGAAAGCAGCUCGAUUACAAGACACCGAUCAUGUAAAGAUCUUAACUAUCGAUAGGAAAAUCCCGAAUUCAUCA